AGAAACAGAGAGAGCGGCGCUCAGACACCCGCACGCUGGGAGAGAGGGAGGAAACAGCGCUGCUCCAAUGCGUCUGUGCAAUACAGACUGAAGAAAAAAAAACUUAUCGACUCACAAAACCAAAUCCUGCGCUGCGCAAUUAGUGCGAGAAAAUCCACUUUUUCCUCAGGUUUUGAAGAAAAUAAAUAAAGAAAUCAAGCUGGCUCAGUGCGUGUCUCAGCAGCCCACUUUGACAGGUGCUCCUCACCCCCUUUGGAGGACUGUCAACAGCAAGAGGAUGGCAUCAGAGCUGGCAAUGAGCAACUCCGACCUGCCCACCAGUCCCCUGGCCAUGGAAUAUGUUAAUGACUUCGAUCUGAUGAAGUUUGAAGUGAAAAAGGAGCCGGUGGAGCCCGAUCGCAGCAUCAGCCAGUGCAGCCGCCUGGUCGCCGGGGGAUCCCUAUCUUCCACCCCGAUGAGCACGCCUUGCAGCUCGGUUCCCCCCUCUCCAAGCUUCUCGGCGCCCAGUCCGGGAUCAGGGAGCGAACAGAAGGCGCACUUGGAGGAUUUCUACUGGAUGACCGGGUACCAACAGCAGUUGAACCCCGAGGCUCUGGGCUUUAGCCCGGAGGACGCCGUAGAGGCGCUGAUCAGCAGCAGUCACCAGCUCCAGACCUUCGAUGGCUAUGCCAGAGGGCAGCAGUUCGGUGGCUCAGCCGGGGCAGGAGGCGCUAUGGCCGGGGAGGAGAUGGGAUCAGCGGCCGCCGUGGUGUCCGCGGUUAUCGCUGCAGCUGCAGCCCAGAACGGGACUCCCCACCACCACCAUCACCAUCACCACCACCACCACGCAGGAGCACACCACCCGUCCUCCGGGUCUCAGUCCGGCGGCGGCGCGGGUGGAAACCACCAGCACAUGCGCUUGGAAGAUCGGUUCUCGGACGAGCAGCUGGUGACCAUGUCCGUGCGGGAAUUGAACCGGCAGCUCCGGGGGGUUAGCAAGGAAGAGGUGAUUCGUCUGAAACAGAAGAGGAGAACGCUAAAGAACAGAGGCUAUGCCCAGUCCUGCCGGUACAAGCGGGUCCAGCAGCGGCACGUCCUGGAGGGAGAGAAGACGCAACUCAUUCAGCAGGUGGACCACCUCAAGCAGGAGAUCUCCCGGCUGGCUAGGGAGAGGGACGUCUACAAGGAGAAAUACGAGAAGCUGAUCAGCACCGGCUUCAGAGAAAACGGAGGAUCCAGCAGCGACAACAACCCUUCAUCCCCGGAGUUUUUCAUGACGUCGAGAAAAUUCCUCCAUCUGUGAUAGAGAGCUGUCAUCUCUUCAUCCCGCCACCCGUCUGAGAUAUCAAGACCCUGGAAUGCUGAUGUUUCAAGAGCAACCUACGGCACCAGACUGCCAUAAAGCACAAUGUCUCAAAAUCGUCCCGACAACGGCUUCACGGCAACCAAUCCACAGCAAACUCAGAGCCACUGUUAAAUAUUAAAUAGAAGACGAUAAGAAAAAUAACAGGAGACGGAAAUCACUCACAUUCUUCUGGUUAAACAUCAACAAGGGAAGAAACAAAGAAAUUAAAGAUUCUGGACUCCAGAAAUAAGAUCCUCCACCAUCUGUACUUGCUAUGCAAAUGGAAAUGGAUCAUCCCAUAAAUACCUCCAAAUUGUAAUUAAGAUAUACCAGAGUGUAGAUUAUUAUUACGUAGGUUGAGUCAAAUAGAAAAACAGAAAAAAAAUAUGAUGUCCACACCCCUUUAGCACAUGCCCAGAAAUCAGGAUGUUGUAAAUAUUGUACAGAAAACAGAUAGGGACAUUGAUAAGAAAUACAACUAUUGCAGAAUAAUGUAUAUAGUCAUAAGAAUCACACCUCUAGUGUGUUUAUAUAUCCAUGAGUGUCACAUGCCCAUUACUCCUUAUUUCUUCUAUGCCCAAAAAGAUUUAGCACAAUGAUUAACCAAGACUUUCUGUAUCUCAAUAGGAAACAUCAACAUCUACAUAGAACUAGACGACAGGAUGCUGAAUAAACAAACAUUAAUUGGGAAGACACAAAAGUUGCCAUAUAGUGCACUAUUACUGGAAUCAAAUGCAUAUGCCAUAGAGUGUAUGCCCAUUAGAUGUUCCUGUGCUGUUAGCAAGACAGGUUAUUUGCUUCUUUGAACUCUUUUAACUAGACAGUCACAAAAUGCAAAAAACUGGAGAUACGCUGAGUUACAACAGUCUACAGAGACUAACAGAGAUCCCUGAAUCCAUCCCAUAUCUUCUCACGUCCCCCCUGCUCCCAUUGUAAACUACCGCAGCAGUGCUGAACACAACUCAAACUUUGAUUAAUUCAAUAGAGUGUAUAUGAAAACCCCUCCUGUACUGUGUAUGUAGUGUGUUUUAGAUCCCCUUAGUGACGUGACAUAUCCAGAUGGACUUCCGUGGUUUGGCAGCUUUCUUAUAUAGUGCAGUCAGAAUACAGUUACUUUAUAUUGUUUAUACCUAACUGGAUAUCACCGUGAACCAACAUCCUUUUUCUUUGAUU